ACGUUGCGCGCACUCGUUCGAUUUCGAAACCGGAAGUGAACGACACUCGUGUGCUGUUUUACAGCUUGUUAUGACGUUCCUCUUAUGCAGAUGUGGUAAAACCGUGGGCUUCUUGAGCAGCAUUCUAGUUCUGAUAGCAGCCGUUUUACAUUAUUUUGCGUAUCCAGAGACGAUAGCGUGUCCAAGAAUGGCGAGUAAUAUGAGGACGCUGGAGGAGGCUUUCCGGGAGAAGAAUAAAACCUGUUUCGUCCUGGGCGCCUCUGGGGAAACGGGCAAGCAGCUGCUGAAAGAGCUUGUGGAUCGAAAGAUCUUUUCCAAGAUUACCCUGAUAGGGAGACGACAGCUGACCUUUGAGGACAAAGCUUAUGAAAGCGUGAUCCAGGAAGUUGUAGAUUUUGAGAACCUAGAUAAUUUUGCUUCAGCGUUUCAUGGUCACGAUGUAGGAUACUGCUGCCUGGGAACCACUAAAGCCAAAUCAGGGGCUGAUGGUUUUGUUCGAGUCGAUCACGACUACGUGUUAAAAUCAGCGGAGCUAGCCAAGGCUGGUGGCUGCUCCCACUUCGUCCUGGAGUCCUCCGCACAGGCUGACAAAACAAGUGCCUUCCUUUACACGAGAGUCAAGGGUCAAGUGGAAGCAGAUAUUCAGGAAUUGAAAUUUGAAAGGUACUCCAUCUUCAGACCUGCAGUGCUUUUGGUUGAUCGCCAGGAGUCGCGACCAGCAGAGUGGCUUGCCAGAAAGUUCUUUGCCGGAUGCUCCUACUUUUCCCCCGGUUUUAUGUCCAUACCCGUUAAGUAUGUGGCCAAAGCUAUGGUGGCCAACACGCUCAAUGAGGAAGGAAAAAGCGCGGAGAUUCUUGAGAACAAGGAUAUCUACAACCUAGGAAAAUGUGCUGAAUAAUGAAAUGAUUGCAUUCAGUACAAGUAAAACUUUUGGUGCCUUUUCUGUAAAUGUAAUUGCAUAGAAAAGGUAUAUCGGGGGUAAUACAGAAGAGUGGACAACAAAUGGAAUCAACACUGAAAACGUUUCUUGAUCUUUUAAAAUGUUAUCGUGACUUUUUUUAUUAAGAAAUUAAUUAUUAUAGUCAUUUUUCUGCCCACCUCAAAGAUAGCAUGCGCACUUCUGUGGAUGCCUGUUACACAGCAUUUACACACUAAUGUUCAUGGUGGCAUAUUUAUAAGGUGCAUAUACAGGUAGUAGCCAAUCAGUUUCCACCACCCAGGGGAUGGAACCUCUGAUUGGAUGGGAGUGGUUCAGGCUGCAUAAACCUGCAAUUGCUUUUAUGGUUUUUUUUUUCGUUUGAUGAUGAAUGUAUUUCAUUGUGUGGAUUGAGACAUAUCUGUAUAUAACAACGUUAUUAUGUAUAUUCCUGUAACGUUUUAUAUUGUGGCAUUUUUUAACAUAAGAGAAAUUAAAGUCUAAAUGAACUUUUUGCGCAUA